GCGGAUGGUCAUCUUGCUCGUUCUAAAAGAUAAGCAAAUUUCACCAACCUAUACUCUGUGGAUUUACGAAGGACUGGUGGAGUUCUGUUUCUCGUUUUGACAGUGUCGGAUGAGGGAAAUCACAAAUCGGUUUUCCCUUUCCCUUUGCUCUCCACUUAUUAUGUGAACAUAUUUGCCUCAAAGGAGUAGCAAUGCUUCUACAUCAAUGAUAUCACUACACACACCACACCCAGUAAGAAGCACACGAUGCAUGGUGAAGCACCCGAGGCGACGUUAACCAUGCCGGACUGUGACGAGUCUAAUAGUUCUCGGUCCACGGCACCGUUGUCCGUGGCGCGAAUGUCUCGCAGCUCCCGGAGUUCCAGUUCCCCGGAGUUGCGCUACACCUCCCUGGAGCCCUCUCUGUCGACCCCGGUCCCCGCUGAUCAUUCUCAUCUGGACAGCAUCCAGUCCGAUCUCCAACGAAUGCCCAACCCAGCCACGCCGGUUCGGAAAGUAUCCAAUGUGCCAAGUAAGCCCAAGUAUGACCUACAGUGUUGUACCCUGCCGGUGUGCCUCGUUACAUUACAGCUGUUGUUAGGCUUUACCAUCAUGGUCUUUGGAGUCACAAUGCACUUGAUGACGCCAUCCGUCAAGACAAGGGAUGCCCCGUACUGGGCAGGUAUUGUGUUAAUCCUAGCGGGUGGCAUUGGUCUGUAUUUCAGUGCAACCAGAGAACAGGCCUACUCAGGAAGCAUCAAAGCCUUCAUUAUUAAGGCUACGUUCUUCAUACUCUCCGUGAUUUCUUUGUUUGUCAGCACCAUAGCCAGCGCCUUCUGUGGAAUACAGGGAGAUAACAUAGAUGGAAUGAUUAACAGUAAAGAAGGCUGCCAAAGAGAAUCCAAUACGUGUCACUGCACCAAAGAAGAAAGCGACGGACUGACGAGGAUUUACACAUUCUUAGAUAUCAUAGACUGCACGUCAUUCUUGCUCAACUUGAAGACUUACAUGUUCAUCCAGUGCAUACUGAAUGCGCUGGGCGGCAUGACGUCCUUCUUAGUCGUCAUCCUAAUGUGGAGAAACCGCUAUAUGGAUUUUCAUUCGGGGCUGCGUUUCUACUCGUACAGUGCAAGCAUCCCUAAUCACCCAUGGUCAGAUCCCCAGACUCCACCCUACACAAACUAUAUCAUGGCGAAUGGUGACAACAGACAGGAUCGGUUUGUCUUUGACACAUGACCAGAUACCAGACAGACUAUGGUGUAAACAAUGGCGGUUUUUGGUCUUGAACAAUGUUUGCUGAUGAGCAUCAGCGUUGAGACAACAGACAUGACAUCGUUGAGACAACGGACAUGAUUGUGUGAUGCAAGAGGAAUAGCCAAAAUGGAAUUAACUAUAACGGUUUCUAAUGAGACCACACAGUGUAUCGACUCGGUACUGAUUAAUAUUGCAUUCUUAGUUACUGAAGGUAUUAUAUGAAUAUUUCAUAGAAUACCUUUUUUUCCCUUAUCUUUUGUUUUUAUUUUACAAUUGCUUAUUUCUAUUUUAUGUUGUUAGAGUCUAUAUUGAUUAGGAUAUUACUACAUUAGGGCCCUAUAUAGCUCCUGACACUGCACAGCAAUCAAAAGUCAUUGACAACGGUGCUUGCUUAAAUUAUGUCAAUAGGUUCAGACAUUAUUCACAAAUAACAAUGUAAUAGCACAAAGAGGUCGUUCAGGCACAGUUGGUUGAACUCAUUUUUCAACCCGAUCAAGUUCAACUCUGUGUGUCUGAACGGUUCUAAAGUUACAGACCGAAUGGGGUCUAACCCAGAAAAGUUAGACUGUCAAGCUGGGGGUUAUCUUUAGACCGCUUCUGGUUUAUGUUUUAACACUGUGUGUGGACAGAAAAAAGAAGAAGAUUACAUCCGGUUUAACUCUCAGUGACCCAGGAACAGCAGCAUGCGGUUCCAACAGUACUCUAGAGGCUUUAGUGGUACCUCCAUGCAACUUACAGAUUUGAAAAGCUGUAUAACAAUUUCUAAGAUUUAAACAUCACUGAAGGACCGCAGUAGAAAAAUCCAUGACUCCUGAUUUGAAUUCUUAGCAUUUUUAUUUUGAUACUGACACAAGCAGUGUCAUCUUUCUGAAGCCGAUAAACAAUUUACUAAAACGAGUGAACAGUAUCAACUAUGUUUGCAGUUGUGUACAAUCAACCAGCUGAAGUGCUUAGCGAUUAUACAUUGCUUAAUUCAUAGAGCUGCUUACCAUGGUAGUAUGUGCUUAUCAAACUUAAAGGGUUGCACUGAAUUCCUGAUUUACACAGCUCACUGCAAAAUCAAACUGUAAGCGGAAAUGUUGAAGCUGUACUUUUAAAAGGGCCAAGUCACACAGGCCAAUUUAGAGGCAACCAGUUCCAGACAAUCUACGAGAAGAAAAGGCAGUCACAUUUGAAUGUUCACAGAUUUUUCUUUUGGAAAUUGUUAAAAAAAUAACUUAUUUGCUACAAAAGUGAUUCUGUAGCUUACACUGCAGUUGGUUGCCUCUAAGUUACCUGGAAAAGUUGCCUCAUGUGACAAGGCACUAGAUUCUCAUACUAAGGAGGAUUCUGAAAUGAGCCUAUGAUAAGUGAAUAUGACUUUUCUUAUUACAUCGUUUGUUCCACUUGAUAGCUCCGUGUGUAAAUUAGAUGGAUUUCUUUUAUUGAUCAAAACUUCACUUUCUUAUUCAGGUAUGAAUGAAUUUCUCAUUCAGAAAUUAGCAAGUAGUUAGAAUCACAUCAAUUUUUACCGAUAAAUGAUAGAUACCAUGUUGUACUAAUACAACAUUUGAGACAUUUUGAGAUGUUCAGGGAUUUGGAUAUUUGGCAUCAAACUUUUCAAAGGUUGAGUGUGUCAACACUUUGUGGUCUUACACUGUAUAAUGUAAAUUAUAGUCAUUUUAGUCACUGUAUAUAUUGGAAGGGGAUGCAGGCUCUGCUCAGAUGUUAAGAUUGUUAUGUAAAAAGCUGCCAUCUAUUUGUGCUUUCAUUGGACGCUUUACAUCUAAUUGGUACCUUUAGGUCUCUUAAGGUAAGGGGCAAGUGAGAAUAACAAUGAAUGAGAUUUUUGACAUUGCAUGGUGGGGUUUCAAAGGUUCUGCUGUCGUUUUUACCAGACUCUCUCAACUUGGGAUUAACCUUAGAACUUGGGUUAGUUAAGUUCUAUAACCAUAGACAUUAGGACGCAUUGAACCCAUCCUAACUUAGGAUGAGUGACACGUCCUAACUCGAGAAAGGAUUAAUCCUAACGUUUCGUGAAAUCGGCUGCAGGUGUGAAAUAACAUCAUGCAAUGUUAUCUUAUUUCCUUGGGUAUAAUGUAGUUCUGAUAACAACUGGUCCUGCUAUCUGAUACUCUGGAGUAGUAUAGUGGAUCGGGUGUGAGUGGGAGACUUCUCAUUAAUGUUUUCACUAUCCCUGAGAGAGAGAGAGAGAGAGAUAGCAGUCUGCAUUUUGACUAUAGCCAUUAAAAUACCCCCACUCUAUAAGAUGUAAUAGGUGAUUAGUUAUAUGCCAUAGUAGAACUGUCAGGGAAUCCAAGGUGUGAAUUUGUUGCAUCAAUUUGUGUGGUGAAAGUUUAACAAAAUUUUAUCUUUAAAUAAGAAGUUAGCAUUUUGACUUUCCCCUUCUACUUAUCUUAGAAGGGAUACAAAUAUCAGAUUGUUUUAAGUCUUUCUAAUCCGAUGAUGUUUGCGUAAAAUUUCCAUCAUAACUGUACAAUUUGUGAAUAACAUUUUUUCAAGUUGGUCAUUUGACAUUUUUAAAUAGUUUUUUUUCAUUGGCUUUCAAAACUCUUUAACAUUCCAUCUGUACAUAAAUCAAAGGUUUAAAAGAUUUAUACGUUGUUCAUUGCUAGAAGCUAAAGAUGUUGUUAGAUUACUUUUUGUACCACUUUGGUGAUUGAGGGAAGCUGAUUGGUCACUCAGAUAUCUCAGUUGGUGGCCCCUGCCCAUGGAUAAGUAGGAGUGUUAUAUAUCUACUCUACGAUUGUAUUGUUAACAUACCAGUGUACAGUAAUUAAAUAGAUGAGAUUUAGCCCUAUUAUCUUUCCAUACUGUUAUACAAGAUUUGAUAGUUGAACUUUAAGUUAUAGCUAAUCACAAAAAAAAAAAUUACUCCAAAACCAGGGGUGUUAGAAGUGUGCCUAGAUGGAGAAGUAGUGUGGCGACGACCCUCAAAAUUACAUCCCUGGAAACAUUUGAUAGAAUGAAAAUACACGGUUGUCUUUUGAAACUGCUCCCACCUUGAUAUAAACACCCAUCCUGAUUCUCACAUAACACGAUUGAAUGAUACGUUUGCCAUUUGACGAGGCACGUAUAUGGAUAUCACAUUCAUCCUCAUGUUAAUGUUGUGCUACAGUAGUUACCCAAUCCCCCAUAGGUCGCAUUGUAUCAUCCUUGUCAACAAACGACACUACAAAGUAUGUGGUUUGAACAAAAUUAAAGAUUUGAUGUAAGAUUAUUCAGUUUAUUAUAAGAAUAGGGCCUAUAAUUCUUUUGCUGAAGCAUUUUGUUUUUUCUUUCAUUCAAGUUUUAUUUUGAUACUUUUACUCUGAUGAUGAAUGUUUGAGAAGUAAUAUUUUAAUUUUAUUUUUGUAGAAUAGCCAAAUAUAUAAGCUAUGAAUAGUACUAUAGAGACUUCUGCUGAUGUCCAAACUAUGCUAAACUGCAAUGGUGGCCCAAAGCUUUGACUGGUACUUUAGAAGCUGUAGUGGUAUCUCCAGCUGUUUUAGACUGCAUUGCAGUUCCCAAGCUUCAAAUAUUACUAGUAACUAUAGAAGCUUUGGUGGUAUAUCGUGAUGUGCUAGACUUCAAUGCCAAUUCCAAGCUAUAGUGGUAUCUCCAUGCUAUGCUAGUUCCAAAGUUUGACUAUAGGGGAAGCUAUAAUACUAUAGAGGCUACAGUGCUGUCUCCAAGCUGUGCUAGACUGCAUUGCAGUUCCCAAGUUGGACUAAUACUUGAAGCUACAGUGGUAUCUCUAUGCUAUGCUAGACUGCAAUGCUGAUCUUAGCUUUGACUAGUACUACAGAAGUGUGUACAUGUACUAUAGAAGCUAUAGUGGUAUAUCCAUGCUGUGCUAGACUACAUUGCAGUUCCCAAGCUUCGACUAUUACCAAAAGUUGUAGUACUAAUAAAGCUACUUGGAAUCUCUAUGCUAUGCUAGACUGCAUUGCAGUUCCCAAGCUUUGACUAUACUGUAGAGGUUGUAGUGCUAUGGAUAUGAACGCUAUAGUGGGAUUUCCAUCCUAUGCUAGAAGCUAUAGUGGUAUAUCCAUGCUGUGCUAGACUACAUUGCAGUUCCCAAGCUUCGACUAUUACCAAAAGUUGUAGUACUAAUAAAGCUACUUGGAAUCUCUAUGCUAUGCUAGGCUGCAUUUCAGUUCCCAAGCUUUGACUAUACUGUAGAGGUUGUAGUGCUAUGGAUAUGAACGCUAUAGUGGGAUUUCCAUCCUAUGCUAGAAGCUAUAGUGGUAUAUCCAUGCUGUGCUAGACUACAUUGCAGUUCCCAAGCUUCGACUAUUACCAAAAGUUGUUGUACUAUAAAAGCUACUUGGAAUCUCUAUGCUAUGCUAGACUGCAUUGCAGUUCCCAAGAUUUGACUAUACUGUAGAGGUUGUAGUGCUAUGGAUAUGAAUGCUAUAGUGGGAUUUCCAUCCUAUGCUAGACUGCAUUGCAGUUCCCAAGCUUAGACUAUUACCAAACGUUCAUAGUACUGUAAAAGCUAUAGUGGUAUCUCCAUGUUACGUUAGACUGCAAUGCUGAUCCUAAGCUAACGAUUUUACACUUGAAUGUGCCAAACUAAACAAAACAUUGGAAAGAUUCAACUCAGAGAUUGAAUUGACAUCACAAGUGCAUCACAGUGCCCCCACUAAGAUUAAUGAUGACCUGUCAUUGUGUGGCACAUACGCGCAUUCAAAUUUCCAUCGAUUCACCUCAGCAGUAGCGACCAAAGCAAGGGUUCAUAGGUCAGCUUCAUUUGCAUCAUGUUAUCCAUGUAUUGGCGGUUUAGCACAAUUGUUUCUAGUGAGUUACUAUCAAUAAAAAUGAUCAAUAAGUUUGGA